AUGGCUGCAUUUCCCUCCUUCCUAGUUUUCCUCUUCCUCUUACCAACACUCACACCACUUGUUUUUUCUGCCCACCAAGAAAAGAAAGAAACUUUCAUAGUCCAAGUCCAUCACCAAACAAAGCCUUCCAUUUUCCCAACCCACAAACACUGGUAUGAGUCCUCACUCUCUUCCAUUUCCAACACCGCUUCUGUUAUCCACACCUACGACACCGUUUUCCACGGCUUCUCCGCAAAGCUCUCACCUUCUGAGGCACAGAAGCUGCAAGCGCUCAGCCAUGUCAUCGCUCUCAUACCCGAACAGGUUCGAGCGCUUCACACCACGCGCUCCCCUCAGUUCCUUGGACUCACCACCGCCGAUCGCACCGGGUUGCUCCAUGAGACCGAUUUCGGGUCGGAUCUCGUCAUUGGCGUCAUCGACACCGGAAUCUGGCCGGAGCGCCAGAGCUUCAACGGCCGCGACCUCGGCCCUGUUCCUGCCAAGUGGAAGGGCCAGUGCGUUGCUGGCAAGAACUUUCCGGCCACCUCAUGCAACCGGAAACUCAUCGGAGCCAGGUACUUCUCCGGCGGGUACGAGGCCACCAACGGGAAGAUGAACGAUACCACGGAGUUCCGCUCGCCAAGAGAUUCCGACGGCCACGGCACGCACACGGCGUCGAUCGCCGCCGGAAGGUACGUGUCGCCGGCGUCAACGUUAGGUUAUGCGAAAGGAGUUGCCGCCGGCAUGGCGCCGAAGGCGCGAUUGGCGGUGUAUAAAGUCUGCUGGAACGGUGGGUGCUACGACUCCGACAUCCUCGCCGCGUUCGACGCCGCGGUGGCCGACGGUGUCGAUGUGGUGUCGCUUAGCGUUGGAGGAGUGGUGGUGCCGUACCACCUCGACGUGAUUGCGAUUGGCGCCUUUGGCGCCGCCUCAGCUGGGGUUUUCGUCUCCUCCUCCGCUGGCAACGGCGGUCCCGGCGGCCUCACGGUGACGAAUGUGGCGCCUUGGGUGACCACUGUCGGUGCUGGAACUAUCGACAGAGAUUUUCCGGCGAAUGUUAAGCUUGGAAAUGGAAAAAUAGUGCCCGGGGUUAGUAUAUAUGGUGGACCGGGUUUAACUCCGGGGCGGAUGUACCCGAUUGUGUAUGCGGGUAUUGGACAAUUUGGUGGUGGUGGUGGUGGUGGCGGUGACGGUUAUUCAUCUUCACUUUGUUUGGAAGGUUCCUUGGAUCCCAAGACUGUGAAAGGAAAAAUUGUUGUGUGUGAUAGAGGUAUUAAUUCGAGGGCUGCAAAAGGUGAAGAAGUGAAGAAAAAUGGAGGGGUUGGCAUGAUUUUGGCCAAUGGUGUGUUUGAUGGUGAAGGAUUGGUGGCUGAUUGCCACGUGUUGCCUGCCACGGCGGUUGGUGCCACUGCUGGCGAUGAAAUCCGGAGGUACAUUGGGAAUUCGCGGUCACCGGCGACGGCCACAAUUGUGUUCAAGGGGACAAGGCUUGGGGUUAGGCCAGCUCCUGUGGUGGCAUCAUUUUCAGCUAGAGGGCCUAACCCUGUGUCCCCUGAGAUUUUGAAGCCCGAUGUUAUAGCCCCAGGGUUGAACAUUCUUGCAGCAUGGCCUGAUCUUGUAGGACCUUCUGGGGUUCCCUCUGAUGGGCGUAGGACUGAGUUCAACAUACUCUCGGGGACUUCAAUGGCUUGUCCUCAUGUUUCUGGUUUGGCUGCUCUGUUGAAAGCAGCACAUCCUGAUUGGAGUCCUGCUGCUAUUAGAUCAGCUUUGAUGACCACUGCUUAUACUGUCGACAAUAGGGGUGAUCCCAUAUCGGAUGAGUCCACGGGGAACGUUUCCUCAGUGUUUGAUUAUGGUGCUGGCCAUGUUCAUCCUGUUAAGGCCAUGAACCCCGGUUUGGUUUAUGAUAUCUCCCCUUCUGAUUAUGUGAAUUUCUUGUGCAAUUCAAAUUACACCACCAAGAGUAUCCAUGUGAUCACAAGGAAGAGUGUUGAUUGCGGUGGGGCUAAAAGGGCUGGACAUUCUGGGAAUCUGAAUUACCCUUCAAUGUCUGCAGUGUUUCAACAAUAUGGAAAGAUGAGAAUGGCUACACAUUUUAUUCGGACUGUAACCAAUGUUGGGGACCCUAAUUCCGUGUACAAGGUCACCAUCAAGCCACCAGGUGGGAUGGUGGUCACUGUGAAGCCAGACACCCUGACUUUCAGGAGGGUGGGUCAGAAGUUGAACUUUCUUGUUAGGGUGCAAACUAGGGCUGUUAAGCUUACACCUGGCGGUUCUAGUGUGAAGACUGGUUCCAUAGUCUGGUCUGAUGGGAAACAUACUGUCACAAGUCCCUUGGUCGUGACAAUGCAGCAACCUCUGGAUUAG